AUGCCGACAACUACUCGAAGAACGGAAGACGAAACCUCGCCCUUGCUGCGAAAAGAGAACGUCAAAAAAGGGCCCCGUUUACCACUGAAGCAGUUAAGUAUCCUAGCACUAUGCCGUGUGGCCGACCCGAUAUGCAUGACGAGCGUCUUUUCCUACUUACCCCAGAUGAUAAGAAGUUUUGGGGUUUCUGAAAAUGAGAUUGGAGUUUGGGCAGGAGUUAUAUCUGCAUCUCUUGCGUUAUGCCAGUGCUUGACAGCGGUUGCAUGGUGUCGACUAAGUGACAGGAUUGGUCGCAAACCAUCCAUCCUCCUGGGCCUCGUUGCGAUGAUGGCGAGCACUAUAGCGUUCGGCUUCUCUACGAGCAUUACCAUGGCGAUAGUUACUCGAUGUUUAAUUGGCCUGACCGGGAAUGUGGGCAUUUUAAGGACGGUGGCUGCUGAACUUGCUCCGGACCCAGAUUUGAAGCUUCAAGCGCUGGGUAUCCUGCCUUUGGCAUGGAACCUAGGUACAAUAACGGGGCCCGCCAUUGGUGGGUUCUUGAGCGAACCGGCGCAGAAGUAUCCGUCAUUGUUUCCACCGGGUGGGUUUUUCGACAAAAGCCCAUGGGCACUUCCGAACCUUCUGAUCGCCUUAAUGAUUUUUACUGGGGGCUUCCUUGCUUUCCUAUUUCUUGACGAGACUCUUGGGUCCAAACAACGAAGAUACGAUCCGGGGAGAGCAAUGGGGAAAAAGAUCGAGUCCUUUUUUGGCUUAAGUUUCUCCGAGCAAGAUAGUACAUCUAGGGUAGCACAUGACGUUGAGAGCCACCCUAAGCAAGCGACUGACAACUACGCCGGUGCAAACCCAAAUAUCCCCCUCACUUGGUCCGAGAUUUUAACGCCACAAUCAACUUACCUUGUCGUUCUCUUUUUUAUAUCGGCAAUCCACCGGGUCACUGCUGAACAGCUAUUCUCCCUGUUCUUUGCUACCCGCGUCCACUCCUCAAAGAACCCUAUACGGCUCCCAUUCCAUCUGCCAGGCGGGUUUGGUCUCAAUAGUUCUCAAUUGGGUCUGUUGUUCGCCGCACUUGGAGUAGUCGAGAUACUUACACAGCUAUUCAUAUUCGCACCAAUGGCACGCAAAUAUGGCAAUCGAGCCCUACUGUGCGUAGCUGCAUUUGCAGACCCGAUACUCUAUUUUGCGGUCCCAUACACUCUCGCUCUCUACGAGAAGCAUGCUGGACCCGGUGGUAACUGGGUCUGUUAUACUACUGUUGCUGUGAUCCUAAUGCUCUGUUCGAUGAAUAGCGUUUUAGGACUCAAUAGUGUUGUUAUUUUGGUUACGGACAGUGCAAGUUCUACGAGGGCACUUGCGACACUAAACGGAUUUGCGACCAGCGUUGCAGCUCUUGGCGUAGCCAUUGGCCCAAGCACAUUUGGAUGGCUAUAUACUGUUGGCCAAAAAUCUGAAUGGAGUACCAUUCCUUGGGUUGGAUUGACACUCGUAGCAUCUUCAAUGUGGAUUUGGAUCCCGAAGGUAAAAGUCAGAGAACAAUCAAACCGGAGAGAAAACGAGGUUACAUCCGACAACUAA